AUGCACAGUUUGUCAUACUUUUCCCCAAUAAAAUUCUAUACAAAAUAUUAUCGUUCCCUGGCAUCUAUCUAUCUAUCUAUCUAUCUAUCUAUCUAUCUAUCUAUCUAUCUAUCUAUCUAUCUAUCUAUCUAUCUAUCUCCUUGCAUAGCAACUGCAUUCUCUUUCUUUCUUUUUUCUUUCUUUGUUCUUUACAUUGGACUUCUGUCUUUUUUCUUUCUUUCUUUGUGCUUUUCUCUUUGUAACCUUGUCUUUCUCAUUAUUGCCUUCCUUUCUUGCGUCAUUCCAUCCUUCCGUUAUUCUUUCUUUCUUUCUAAUAUCUUUCUUUCUUUUUUCUUUCUUUCUUUCUUUCUUUCUUUCUUUCUAAUAUCCUUCUUUCUUUCUUGCAAAUUUCUUUCUUUCCCUCUUUCCGUCUUUCUUUCUUUCUUUCUUUCUUUCUUUCUUUCUUUCUUUCUUUCUUUCUUUCUUUCAUUCUCUUUCUUUCUCUCUCUCUUUCUUUUUUCUUUCUUGUACUUCUUUGUACUUCUGUCUUUUUCUCAUUCUUUCUUUCUUUCUUUCUUUCUUCGUGCUUUUCUCUUAACCCAGAAAGUACUCCAGUUAAACACAAGGCGUUUAUCACAACAGAGUUUCCUUCUUUCUUUCUUUCUUUCUUUCUUUCUUUCUUUUUUUCUAAUACCUUAUUUCUUUCUAAUAACUUCGUUCUUUCUUUCUUUCUUUCUUUCUAAUACCGUCUUUCUUUCUUUCUUUCUUUCUUUCUUUUUCUAA